AAAAAUUAUCACAGCCGAUGUCGCCGAUGAUUUUAUUAAAUAAUUUAAUAUGAAUUUAUUCCAGAAAAUUACCGGAGUGCCGCGAUGAUAACGCUACCGACCUCUGCGAUACCGCUUCGGAUACCGCGCCGGAGCGGACACUCGGAAAAUAUUUCAACACGUGGCGGCCAUCUUGUCGUUUACCGAUCGAUAUUAUGAUGUUGUACUUCUCGUGUACAGCUACAUAAUUAUUUCAGGAUAAACGAGAAGAUGGCGGCGUCCGUCCGUCCGGAAAACCAUCGUUUACAUUGGGUGUCCUCUAUGGUUUUUAUGUUACUCUGUGCACAAUACCAAAUUACAUAACAUAAUAAUAUUUUAUCGGAUAGAGCGCGUUGUGGACAGCGGCUGCAAUAAUAAUUUACAGUUUACUUUAUCAAAUAUCAACGCACACUGCCGCAUUGCUUGUCAUUUUUUUUAAUGUUUUGUCGUUGGUAAUAAUAAUAAUAAUAUUACAUAAAACCGAAACCAAAAUGCCGGUAGAUAGUAACCUAUCCGAUGGUUCGCCAAUAGAACUAGUUGAAAGCAGCAGUCGGACGGACAAGAAAAAAAAGAAACACAAACACAAAAGUGAUCGCAAGCAUAAAAAAUCGAAAAAAGAAAAUGGUGAACCCAAGACGACCAAGGAAACAAAAAAGUCGAAUGGCAGCAGUGUUCAAAAUGGAAAACAAAAGCGACUACCGUCUCCAAUUCCACCUGAUCAAAUCAAAAAGAAAAAACCAGACGAAACGGCGGUAUCAGAGGUAAUUAUAGUAGAAGAAGAAAUGAACCUCGAGGAAUUGAUUAAACAGAAGGCAUUACUUCAAGCUAGAUUGGGAGCAUGUGUAUCGGAAGCAGACAUUGGAGAAAAAUCUGCUCUUAAAAACAAGAACAAUCUAAAAAUGUGCAUUGAAACUAUUGAUUUGAUCGAUGAUGAUGAUACAGAUGAAGAGCACAACGUAAGGAAUUCAGUUAAAAAUACUGAAAAACCUACCAGAAAGAGGAGUACAAGUAGAGACCAAACGCGCAGAAAAUUAGAAAAAUCAAAAAAAGAAAGAGAAAAAGAUACAGAACGGGAAAGAACCCGAGAAAAAGAAAGACAAAGAAAAGGAAACCUAACGGAAGAUUAUAAACGUCGAGAAAUACGACGGAAUGUCGAUGAGACUAAAAGAAAAGAAGAUGAUUCAAGAAAACGGGAACAAAAACGUCGAGAUGAUGAACUAAAGGACACAGAAGAAGAUAGCAAGAGGCGAAGUGAAGAAGACAAAAGAAGGGAAGAACAAAUAAGACAUAGGAGAGAUUGUAUAAGAAGUUCCAAUUCCAACAGAGAUCGUGCUAGAAGCCCACCUUCUUCUACUAGACAUAGAGACAGAGACAGAGAUCGUGAACGUGACCGUGACCGUGACCGUUAUAGAGAUGCUACGAAUAGGAGAUACAAUAGAAACUAUGCAAGGAGAUCACAUAGCCACGACCGACAUUCCAGAUCUCAUAGAAGAAAAGACAGAGGAGAUAAGUAUAAAGACAGUUUUUCAGAAGGUCUCAAGCGUGAAAAUAAAUCUUCCGAUUCCGAGAUCGAAGUAAAUAUAAACAUUGCCGAAGACGAAAACGUAGAAGAAAUAAUAGAAAAAAGAAGGAAACAAAGGGAAGAAUUAUUAAAACGAUUGGAAGCCAACAAUAGUAAUGUAAACGGUGAAGACUCGGCAAAUCCUUCUCCUCGUGAAAGCGAUGCGACAGAAACUUCUGCUCAGCUUUCUCCUGAACCUAGGCAGUCUCCCAUUAAAAAUACUAACGAUUCAAUGUUUGAAAAAGACCCGGUUAAGGCUGGUAACGUAUCAAAUACGGAACUGAUCAAAGGCAAAUGGGACAUGUUUGCAGAAGCAGAUUCGUAUCAUGCUACACAACUUACACCGCAACUGAACGGUUUAGCUAAUGGAAAUAAAAGCGUUCCGGAAAAUCCUUCUUUAACAGACAACUGGGAUGACGCAGAAGGCUAUUAUAGGGUGAGAAUCGGCGAAACGAUGAAUUCCAGGUACACAGUGUAUGGUUACACGGGUCAAGGAGUGUUUUCCAAUGUUGUCCGUGCCAGAGACACGACCAAGAAUAACCAAGAUGUGGCCGUUAAGAUAAUACGCAACAACGAAAUCAUGCACAAAAGCGGCCUGAAAGAAUUGGAAAUACUGAAAAGACUUAACGACUCGGAUCCUGACGACCGGUAUCAUUGUGUUCGUUUGUAUUGUCAUUUUUUCCACAAGCAACAUUUGUGCAUGGUUUUCGAGCCGCUCAGCAUGAAUCUCAGAGAGGUGUUGAAAAAAUACGGUAAGGAUGUAGGACUGCACGUCAAAGCCGUUCGUUCGUAUUGUCAACAACUGAUGCUGGCGUUAAAACUAAUGAAAAAAUCCAAUAUUUUGCACGCCGACAUCAAACCCGACAAUAUUUUGGUGAACGAAAGUAAGCUGGUAUUGAAGCUAUGCGAUUUUGGUUCUGCGUCGCACAUUUCCGACAAUGAAGUCACGCCGUAUUUAGUCAGUCGAUUUUACCGUCCGCCCGAAGUCAUUUUAGGUAUCCCCUACGAUUUUGGACUCGACAUGUGGUCUGCCGGCUGCACGAUUUAUGAACUUUACACGGGCAAAAUAUUAUUUCCAGGCAAAACCAAUAAUCAAAUGUUAAAAUUGUUUAUGGACCUCAAAGGGAAAAUGCUCAAUAAAACCAUUCGCAAAGGUGUAUUGAAGGAACAACAUUUCGAUAGUAAUUGCAACUUUUUAUAUCACGAAGUCGAUAAAGUGACUGAGCGUGAAAAAGUGGUAACCAUGUCGGCGAUAAACCCUAGUCGCGACUUACACGUUGAAAUGUUGGGAAAUCAGAAAUUACCAGAAGACCAAAUUCGUAAGGUGGCCCAGCUGAAAGACCUCUUUGACAAAAUGUUGAUGUUGGACUCUUCAAAACGCAUUGGCAUAUCUCAGGCUUUGGUACAUCCGUUCUUGUCAGAAAAAAUUUGAUCAUUGCGCGUGGGGGGUUUUUUUUUUUUGACAAAUUAUUUUGAUUUUUUGGAGUAAACAUAUAUGUAUGUAUAAUAGAUAGUAAGAAUAGAAUAAUAAACAUCUUUUUUUUAUGAACGGCUAGAGAUUUUAAAUGUUUAAAUUAUGGUUUACAUUGUAACCUUUACCUACUGUUUUAAUUAUUAUUUUUUGACUUUUUACAGAAAAAUGAUUAUUACAAUGUUGAUAUUGUAGUUCAAACGACAUUU